AUGGAACAGUUCCUCUCCCUAGUCGGCAUGCAGGCCAUGAAACUCGCCGUAAGAUCGGGCAUCGUCUUCACAUCGUCCUACGCGCUGAAGCAGUACUCGCACCUUCUCACGACCGUAAGCGACGAGCAGCUGUCCGAUGAACUAAGAAAGCUCCAGGGUGACCUAGACUGUAAAAUCCAGAUCAUCACGCCAGCAAUCAACUUGAUCGAGCUCAGGUCAGGACAGGGGAAUAGCGCGCUCGAGUCGGCACUGGCACUCACGACGUCGAUUCAAAAGGAGAUUGCCCUGCUCGGCCGCAAAAUCGCCUCGCUGACCGCUCCCGAAACCAACCAGGCGACGAUCCGUCGGUUGAUGACGGAUGUCCAUGCACUCAUCGAUCGGAUCAACGGAAGCAUACCGCUUCUGCAGCUGGCCAUCUCGACGUCUGGUGAGAGCCUGUCGACGAGCCUGCCCGAUUCCGUCUCGCCUUCGCGGAUGCUCCAGGCCAGCGCCUUUCACAUGAUCGCCGACAGCCACUUCAUGACCAACCCGCGGACGACGGUGCAGGUCGGGCCCGAUUUCGUCGUCUCGGUGUACAUGAUAUUUAAAGGCUACUCGUACACGCAAGCUGGGGAAGCCUCCGGCCGCGCUGCUGCUCAGAGUCUCGAUCUGGACAACGUUAGGAAGCCCACCUGGCAAGAGGUCCUGCAUAAAGCCCGUCUACGGCUCCAUCGCACACUAUGCCCGUCGCAUCAGAAGCAGCAAAUUGGACUAAACACUCCCUCAGCGUACUCAUACCAGCUUGAAAUCGCAGAGGACAGAGACGACGGGAGGCUGCACGACACCCUAAGCAGCUCGGCGGAAUCCAGCGCGUCGGAUUUAAUACCACUCCCCGAAAUCACCAAGCUUCUGUACACGAAUUCCGCCGCCAUUCUCAACAUCAAAGAUGACUUGGAGGCCUGCGGCACCCCGAUACUAUUACUCAAAAGAGAAACGGCUUCGGCGGUCGAUGCAUGCAAGUCACCAAGACCCAACACGCCACCAGAGGACGACACGCAGCAUCACGUAGACUGUCAAAUUCUUGGCGAAUGCAGCGCAACGGAGGUCGGUGUCCGGGAUGGCGGCGAGCCGGAUACUGCCCCGGCGGCGCAAAGCUCUCAAUUCCCGUCCUAUCUUGAUCCUGAGUGGAUAGCUCUCGAAAUGUACCCAGGAAAUCUAUCCGACGACAACCAACCUGACCAGAGCGAUACAGAGUCUACGCAAACGGAGAGUGACGAAUCUGAACUGGGAAUUGAUGGCGAGGCCACGGAUAACGCAGUCUUGGACCAGCCAAGGCCACCAAACCCCGACCAGGACAGCGUUGAGUGUAACCAAGACACAUCGCAGUUUCAGUAUACGACAAUCAGCAGCGUCACUCAAAGCGCGCCGCCGCCAAACAACAGCCUCUUCAGCUCCGUCACGACAUCAUUGUCACUCCUUGAGCUCGUCAUCCGGUUGGCCGCGCUGCAAGAAACGCAGCAGCAGUCUCAUCUAUCGGUUCCCGAUCACGUUCUUACAUGCUUUUUAAGCGGGAACAGCGCAGCCAAAUGA